AGAUAUCAUUUCCCAUUUCCAAGUAUUCCUAGAAGCUGCAUCAGGGCACGCUAUCAUCUCCUACGCUAGUUUUAUUUCUGUGUGUUGAUUUUUAUUUUGAUUUGAACAGAGGGAGAACACAAAAGAUGCUAGGAAUUUGGCGGGGAGUAAGGCUGCGCCAAAACCCCCCAAGGCCUGCAAUAUUACAAUUCCACGGGAAUGGAAUCAUCAACAUGGAAAGCGUAUAUUCACGCUUCGGAUGUGUCACGUCGUCCCCACCAAUGCAGCAGAAAGGGUUGGAAAAUGUUACAGUUUCCGACGUACUACUGUCCAAGGGAGAAGAAAAAGUCGGCUCAUGGCUCUGGUGCCGAGUUGAUGAUGCUGUUAUUAAUGCCAUGAAGAAUAUGGCUACGAACAAUAUUGGAUCACUGGUGGUGCUAAAGCCUGAGGGUCAUAUAGCAGGAGUCGUCACAGAAAGAGAUUGCUUGAAGAAAAUAAUUGCGAAAGGAAGAUCUCCAGUGUACACACAAGUUGGUGAAAUUAUGACUGAUGAGAGAAAUCUAAUGACGGUGACCUCUGACAUGAACAUACUACACGCAAUGAGAAUUAUGACAGAGAAUCACAUAAGGCAUGUGCCAGUAAUUGAUGGGAAGGUGGUGGGAAUGAUUUCGAUGGUGGAUGUGGUAAGAGCUGUGAUGGAGCAGCAAAGCGGAGAACUGAAGCGACUCAAUGAUUAUAUCAGAGGGGAAUACUACUAGCCAGGCAACGCCCACGCCUCGUUAGUUUAUCACCUUGUUGUCCUCAAGUUCCCCUUCGUCUGUCUUCGAUAAGACAUUAGUUCAAUGGCAUAUUGACAUUUACUAUUCGAAUAUA